GCUCUAUCAACCCCCAACACAAUGAAGAGAGGACGCGGAUCCGGAGGCGCUAAGAUGCGCAUCACCCUUGGUCUCAACACUGGUGCUAUCCUUAACUGUGCCGAUAACUCUGGUGGUAAGAAUCUGUACACCAUCGCUGUCAAGGGCACCGGUGCUCGUCUUAACCGACUCCCUGCUGCCAGUCUUGGAGACAUGCUCAUGUCCUCCGUGAAGAAGGGAAAGCCCGAACUUCGUAAGAAGGUCCUUCAGUCUGUCGUGAUCCGUCAGCGUAAGGCCUGGCGCCGUCGUGAGGGUGUCUUCGUCUACUUCGAGGACAACGCCGGUGUUAUUGUCAACGAGAAGGGUGAGAUGAAGGGUUCUGCCAUCACUGGUCCCGUUGGCAAGGAGUGCGCUGAGCUCUGGCCUAAGAUUGCCUCCGCUGCCCCCACUAUCGUUUAAAUCACUUAACGACGUUUGUGUGGCGGUGUGAUGCUGUUCAUUGGCCGGCAUCAGACGACCUUUCGCUUGGGGGAAUUAAUA